GCUGCGCGUGUGGAGAGUGUUGUCUUCCCUGGACAUACAGAUCCUGUGUGACAUCUAAACUUGCUUUACAUGGAACAAGCGCAUUUACACAGUGAUCAUAGCCAAUCCACUGGUUCAUAAAGUUCUCUUAUUAAUGGUUUUUCCUCGGGUCACUCCUUUAGGAGUGUGCUAUCCACCUGCGGUCCAGUCGAGCUGCGCGUCUGAACCCAAAUGGAUUACAGUAACAUGAUGGCACCUCCAGUGCCUCCCCACAAACCCAAAUCCCCCCGGCCUGGGCACUCUCAGGGGCGGCUGUUAAAGUGUGUGUUUCUCGGAGACGGAGCUGUGGGGAAAACCAGCCUUAUUGUCAGCUACACAACCAACGGAUACCCUACAAAAUACGUUCCGACAGCGUUCGACGAUUUCUCAGCGGUCGUACAGGUGGAUGGUCAGCCAGUGAGACUGCAGCUUUGUGAUACUGCUGGACAGGACGAAUUCGAUAAGUUGCGUCACUUCUGCUAUACGCGAACCGACGUCCUCCUGCUGUGCUUCAGUGUAGUCAGCCCAGCAUCCUUCCAAAACAUUGGUGAAAAAUGGGUCCCAGAGGUUUGCCGCCGUUGUCCACUCACACCCGUGCUGCUGGUGGGCACCCAGUGCGACCUUCGGCAAGACGUCAAGGUCCUCAUCGAACUGGCACACUGCCAUGAGCAACCUGUACCGGAGGAGGACGCCCACGCUUUGGCGGACAAAGUUGGCGCGGUAGCCUACGUGGAAUGCUCUGCCCUCACUCAGAAAAACCUGAAAGAGGUGUUUGACGCCGCCAUCUCUGUAGGGCUCCGACAUUCCGACAGGAGAGCCAAGCGGGAACGUAAGGUCCACAGUACUGCAGAUAAAAUGAAAAUGCUUUCAAAGUCAUGGUGGAAGAAAUACAUCUGCGUACAGUAGCAACAAUCGAAGAUCUUUCAUUGAGGCAUAAACAAUGUGAUAGACUCUUGUUUGGCAUACUUCACCAUCCUCAAGUGGAUAACAGACUGUUGAUAAGAAUCAACAAAGGGUAGUGAUGCUGCUUUAAGGGAAGGUACUGAGGAAAGGAUGAUGAGAAAGGAGAUAUGAUAUUACUACAUGGCUAUGUAUGGUACAGCAGCCAACUUCUCUGUACCCAAGCCAGUGUGAGCACUGUACUACUCCCCAACAGCCCAACUGGAAAUUGAAGAACUCUGUUGGGCUAUUUUAAAGCCAAAUAAUCUCUGAUUAUGGAUUGAAAUAUCAUCUACUGUUUUUUUGUUUUUAUAACCAAAUAUAGUGUCACAGUUUCUAUUAAUUAACCCAUGUCUUCUUCCUGAUAAAUGCAUGUAUGAACAUUUGGGUGACCACAUGAUUAUAAAGAUUUUGCUUAUUAAACCUCUACAUCUGAGAUCACAAAGCCAGUUUUAAAGCAGUCCAGAGGCCGCCAGUAAUAUAUGUCCACUCUAAGCGAUACUCAUAUCCCAAAGCAUCAGUGGACAGUCUGUAACUGAAUCUGCUCGUAAUCGUUUUGAUCUUUAAUGGUUAAGACUUUUUGUCCCAGCUUGAGUGUAAUUGAAACUCAACUUUGCCUUUGCAAUGUGAUGGGGUUAAAUUAAUUCUGGAUGUCUAGGAGUCUUUUGAUGUAUCAUAUCAUGCAUAAUCCAUUACCUUUAUAUGCCAUAUAAUGCAUUGCACUUGUGAUUACUUGUCAACACCAAUUCUCUUUCGUUGAACUGUUUUUCAUAGUUCAGUCUUUUCACUUGACUUGAUCUUCUCUAAUGUGCCAUGUUUUAAGCAAACUGUUAUAGAAAGUUCUUUGGCUAAGUGUCCUCCUUUUUAACCAGUGGUAAUAUGAAUGAGCAGCCAAUAAGAUUUUUUGAAUUUGCUUCUCAUUAUUCAGAAGCCCAAUAAGUGUCAUUCAGUCAGACUUCAGCCACAAACAAUAGAGAGCAACAAAAGGGUUCCGGAAGUAAAAUCCCAUUCAUUUUCUCCAUUGAGAGAUUAAUUUUUAUCAAUUAAUGUAUAAACUUUUUAAGAUUGAAAUACCAUGGGUUAAGCGGUGAGGAUAAGUGAUGGGAUUUGCCUCUGUAGAUGCCAUAACUCAAUGUGAUUUCAACUUUUAAAAGUACUACGUUACCCACAAUCCACCCACAUUUAACCAAAUAUUUAUUUAACAACAUAACCUGUACAGUCCAGGGUCUUCUUGGAGCACUAGUGAGUUGUGAACCAGUUCGUUAAAAUGAAUGUUAAGUCAUCCUACACUACACUCCCUACAGAGUCAGUAGUUUCAUAUUGUACCGACAUUGCUGAUUCAAUUAUGUCAUUUGCAAUGCUUCAUGAGAUUAGUAGUUUAUUCCAUUAUAAAUGAAGUACAUAGUCUUGUACUUUUUGUCUUCUAUUUCCACCACUUUUUUGCUUCAAAUCAAUGUUGUAAUGUUGUGAUUCAUUUCUGAGCUGGUUGGUUUGGUUCAAGGAUCAUAACUGCCUAUGUAGAAAAUGAAUGGGGGAAAAUACUUCCAAAACCAAAGCUGCUUGAACAGUGGGCACUGUCCCUGUUGCACUCCAUACAGUCACACAUCAGGAAGUGGCUUCUGUUCAAUAUGUACUUUAUUGACACAGCGAUAACAUUAUCAGGGUAAUCUAAUUUAGAUUUGUACAUUUUAUAUGAUUGCAUUUAAUUGUCUCUCUUACUCUACAAACACUCCUGUAAAUGGUAAAUUUUGGUGUAUGAGUGUUUUGAUUGCUGACUGCUAUCCAUGAUUUUCAUGGAAAAUAAAUGUGACAUUUUAACUGAAA